AUGGACACGUUAAUUCACUCCGCAAGCGACUUCCUUGAUCGCCCAGGCUUCAAUUGGAAAGGCCUUAUAAUCGGCUUUUCCACAGUUAAUUUCUUGUUCGAGUCCUAUCUAAAGUUGAGACAGAUCCAGACAGUCAGAGCUAAUGGAGAAAAAAUACCUGAUGAAUUGAAGGGAAAGAUCGACACCAAAACUGCCAUUAAGUCCAGCAACUAUUCCCUCAGUAAGUUGAAAUUUAGUAUUGUCGGCAGUCUUUAUGGUCUUGUCCAGAAUGUCAUCGCCUAUAAGUUUGACCUUUUGCCCAAGUUGUGGAAUGCAACUGGUGGAUUCAUGUCUACGUUGCUCUCCAAAAACAUGGUUCCUGCUUUCAUGUCCGGUAUAAUUACCCACUCGUUGUUUUUCUGCGGUGCAAUGACCCUUUUCUCAACUUUUCUAAGUAUUCCUCUAAGCUACUAUCAGAACUUUAUUCUUGAAGAGAAGUAUGGCUUCAACAAAUUAACUCCUAGAAUGUGGGUCACAGACAUGGUGAAAGGAUUUUCCGUCGGUUUGGUCCUGGGAGGCCCAAUUUUGGCUGCAUUCCUUAGGAUCAUUGACUAUUUUGGCGAUAAGUUCAUGUAUUAUCUUUCCAUAUUUAUGGGCAUCGUUCAAAUCUUUUUGAUCAUUGUUUACCCAAAGUUCAUUCAGCCUUUAUACAACAAAUUAACCCCAUUGGAAGAUGGCGAGUUGAAAACUUCAAUUGAGAAGUUGGCCUCUGAAAACAAAUUUCCAUUGGACAAGUUAUAUGUCAUUGAUGGUUCCAAAAGAUCUUCGCACUCGAAUGCUUACUUUAUGGGUCUCCCUUGGGGUUCCAAGCAGAUUGUUUUGUUUGAUACUUUGAUCGAUCAAUGCACAGUUCCACAGGUCGUUGGUGUGCUAGGCCACGAAAUCGGUCAUUGGGCUCUUUCUCAUACUACAAAAUUGUUGGCUAUCAAUCAAUUCCAUAUGUUUUGGAUCUUCACUUUCUUUGCUGCUUUUGUUAAGAACAGCUCUCUUUAUCAGAGUUUUGGCUUCUUUAAUGAGCAGCCUAUUCUUAUUGGAUUCAUGCUCUUCGGUGAUAUUCUAGGUCCUGUGGACUCCCUUGUUGGCUUUGCCAUGAGUCAGCUUUCCAGAACCUACGAGUACCAAGCAGAUGAGUACUCCACCAAGUUGGGUUAUGGAGAAGAUUUGAAGGACUCGCUUGUUUCUCUUAAUAAGGAGAACUUGAGCUCCUUAGUUGUCGACUGGCUUUACUCGGCCUACACCUACGACCAUCCCCACUUGGUUGAGAGAUUGAACCAUAUUGAUGAGGUUCAGGAGAAGAUUGCCAAAAAAGAGUGA